CUUUUGCUCAGGAGAUUUCGGUGUCGGUGCUCACGGCUGUGGCAGUGAGUCGUCAUCGUAUUAAAAUUCCCGCACAACGUGCGGAAAAUGUGACGAAAACAAACGAUUAUUCAUCAUCUUGCCCGUAAUGGGCAGUGAAUUGCACACGCGUGGGAUUGUUUACUUCCGCGAGACUUUUCAAAGGUCCUUCGUGCAAGCAGCACGCAGCACGGUGUAACAGCAUUGUGGAAACCCUUGCAAACGCCAGGCGUAGUAGAGGUGAUGAGACGCCGGGGUCAUUUUCCUAUGGGAGCGUGAGAAAGGAAUCUAUUUUAACGAUUUCCCGACUCUCUCGCGGAGAACCUUCGGCGGCAACACCGUGUAGUGAGUGGAAAUGUACUGCUGGUUACCGGUACGACUGAGAAAGUAGAGAACAGUUUUCCACCGGUCGUCGUCGUUGCCAGAAUCAGUCGAGAAAACGUCCUGGAAUACCGAGUGAGUGUGUUUGUGUUUGCCUGAGCAAGAUCUGUGUGUCGCUGUGAGAAGAACACUAGAAACGGUAGAGUGAUCAACAAAUCAGUCGCAAUAAUGUCGGCCGAAGUAAGUGAACCCAUUAAAAAGUGUUCGCUGAUUCUGAAGAAUGCAAAGAGUGACACGGAAAAAUUUGCCGCACUGUUCAUGGUGACGAAGCUGAUCAAGGGGAAGGACUGCAACCAGGCCGGCAAACGCAUGCUGUUCGAAUCGAUCGGGUUCGAGUUUUUGCGCAAGUUGCUCACGAGCAAAGACGUGCCGGAUGAUUGUCCCGCCUCGGUCUAUCAGAGUGUAGCGCUGUCGAUUCUCACCUGCUUCUGUGAAGAUGAGCAGCUCGCAACGCACCAGGACAUGCUCGACAGUAUACCGGUGUUUCUGGGGAUCGUGUCGACGUGCGAUGACGACGAGUACGACGACAAUCUGAUCGUCAUCAACGAGGCGUACCACUGUCUGCAGAGCAUUUCGCUGUACGAAAGUGGCCGGCUGGCUCUGCGCAAGCAUGAUGUCAUCACAAAGAUGGCGCAGAUCUACACGCAGCGCAGCUUCCAGAUCGACGAGGCACUGACGUUGAUCGUGACUUUGGUGUCUCGCUUUGGGGCCAACUCGUGGGAAAGCGAUCCGAAGCUGUUCCAUGCGUUGCUGCAGCGCGUGUCGCUAGACUUCGAGACGGACCAUGCAGAGCGCAAGUUCGAGCUGGCGGAGAUGAUUAGUGCACUGCUGUUCCACUGUCGUCGGGAUUUGGUUGCGCGCACGGUCCAGGGUGAAAUCUGGCCGGAAUGCUUGUACAAGGGGAUCAGCGAUAUUUUGAAAAGCAAAAUCGGUAAGGCACAGCGCGAUCCAGCCCUGAAGCUGGCAGCGAACGCGGUCGAUGUGCUCGGUAUCGAGUGGACAUUGCACGAUGUGGAAAAUCCGAAGAAAUUUUUCCUCCUGCUGCUGCAGCUGGCCGCGAUCGAGGUGCGCAUGCAGAUGGAUAACAAAAGCUUCAACCAGUGCGUUCAGCAAGCCGAUCUGAUCACUGCCUGCUUCAUUAUUCUCGAACUCUCGAUCAACUAUAUGUCCACGGAUCAGCUCGAUCUUGACCAGAAGGACAAACAGCAGGUAUAUACCGGCCUCAAGGGUGCCUUCUCCGCCGUGCUGGGUGUAUUGGUAAAGUUAGCGAAUGAUACCAAAAAAGAUCGACUGCAGAAAACGGAGAAGGCAUUUGCGUACGCAAUGGUGCGCGUACUGACUGCCUGGUUAGCGCAGGAAACGACGGCCAUGAAGAACCACGUCGCUAAGGUCCUGCCGUUCCUGUUCAAGCUAGCCAAUGAGUCAUUCUACGAGUCACGCGACUACCGCAUCGCGCACAAGGCCGACAACGUAGACGAUCACGAGCAGCAACCGCCGGCCGACAUUCUGCGCGUGAUGCUACCCGCCAUCUGUCACCUGGUGGUGGAGGAGGAAGCACGUCAGAUCUUUCUGAAGGAGAAGGAAGAGCAGGUUCUGUACGAUUGCCUUCUGUUCCACUGGUCGAUUGCACACUACAAAAAACCACCGGUACCUCGCGCCGAACGUCUCAAGCGCAUGAACGAACCAGACCCAGAACUGACACCACAACAGCUGGACGACAUGAAGGAUUCGCGAACGGCAAUCGUUAGCCUGUGCAAUAUUCUGAUGAACAUUACCGUGCUCGAGGCCAAGCUGGUGGAAGAGAGCACAUUGUUCGCCCAACUUCUGCGGUUCAUCUUCGAAAACUUACCAGAGCUGAAGGACAUCCCGGACAAUCUUGUAAUGCACGGUCAUCUGGCCGUGCUCGGGCUGUUGCUGCUGAAGCAACAAGCUUCCAAGAUCAAAAAGAAUGAUUUCUCCAUCUGCCGCUACAUCCAAACGACGAUCCGGUUCCUGUGGGACGCGUACAACAUCGACGAAUCGAACGAUCCGCAGGCAUUGGUAGUGUCGCUGCAGUACAAGGAGCACUGGUUCGAGAUCAUGGAGCUGUGGUUCCUGGGCAUGCAGACGAUGAGCGGCAUCAUCAAGCUGAUUCCCUGGAUCUCCGAGUUCGCGAUCGAGAGUGGCUGGGCCGAGGGCAUUGUGGAAACGCUGCGCAAGGUGAAGAUUGGCACGUUGCCGCCGAACGUGAAGCUGGCGUACGAAGACUUCCUGUCGCAGCUCGUCGACGCUAAUCCGGCCGUAGCGCCCGUGCUCAAGAAGGCGGACGCCCUCAAAGUGUGUCGCAACCAUCGGAUGAUGGAUCUGGGCAAGAAGCUGUUUGGAGACUAGAAAAUCCACCGUAACCUGCAAGUGCGCAGUUUGCAGUUCAUUUUUUACAUUCUAAAUUCAUCUCUUUCUUUGCCGGCUGCCCGCUUUUGCGCCCGCUUGCCAGGGCGGCAGCGGAUACAUCAUCAUUUACUAUAAUACGAUUUGCUGCAUUUUCAUUUUCAUUGUCCAUCUUAUACUUUAGCGCAUAUUUUGCGUUCGCUUAAAGGCCGCCAUAUGCACGAUGCAUGGGUGAUAUACUGAAGGAGUCAAGUGUGAAAAGAGUAAAUUACGAAUGUACACUAUAAUGUGCAAAAUAAACGUGUUUUCUACGUGUAA